AACAUAGUCAACACUUUCAUAGUUUGGACUACGAUAAUAGAUUAAUGACUUAACUUCGUUGGUACUCGGUUGUUAUGAAACUGAAAAUACAAAUGAAAUGGAUUCCUGUUUAUAGUUGUGCCAAUAUUGAUUACAAGGAUUUUUUAACCUUCAAAAUAAGUCUGCAGCUGCGCUGUUCUACAGCUGUUCUAAAUGGUUAUAUAUAUACCGGUAUAUGGUUUUUCAUCUUUUGACCACAGAUUUGGGCAGUAACAGGGACUUCCUAAGACAUGAGAUUCAGAUGUUAAAAAUGGAAGAAAGGUGUUUCAUCUUUCUUUUGUUUACCCUUUUACAUCUUCCUCAUACUGCAGACCUUUGUCUCUACAACUGCUGCUACUGUGGAGAAGUGUCUCCUCCAAAUGUCUAUGUAUCUAUGGGAUCAACUUUAGAACUGAACUGUACCAUAGAGAAAGAUGACAGUCCCUAUCGACUCAUGUUCAUCUUUAACCAAAAAGAAGUCCAUCCACCGGAGUCCAGUAGAGCACAGAAUAACAGCAUUGUGUUGAGGAAGGUUAUACAGAGUGUGGAGGAGGGGGGUGACUACUCAUGCUAUAAAAAUGACAAGAAAGUGGGAUCCUCCACUGUGGAAGUGGAAUACCCACUUCAGCCAGUAAAAGAGAGCGCCUUUGUAUGUGAGCUGUUUGAUUGGGACAAGUAUUUGUCCUGCUCAUGGAGGAUUGGAACUUACAAGAGAGAGUCUAAUAUUGAUGUUGCUGUUGUGGCUGAAACAGAGAAGGACCCAUUCAUGCCAGAGAAUAUAGACAGGAAUCAUUCAACUCUGCGACCAGCACAAACGAACAACACAUUUGCCUCUUGGAAUGCAAACCUGGGACAGCCAUACACAAUCAAAUUUCAUCUGACCAUUACCCAGACCCGUACAAAUGAAACUCUGAGACAGACACUGACUAGGAAUGUUAGAGAUAUUGUCAAACCUGCUCCAGUGUCUAAGAUUUUUGCAGAAAGCAUCUCGAGCACAAGUUUAACAUUGAAAUGGGAAAAUUCACAUCCUGAUAGAUUUCAAAUUUAUGGUAUUUUUUCUUCUGAUGAAUGGACUAGCCAUAAUUUCUCAAAAAAUCUUUCAAAAACAAAGGACAGAAUACAAGAGAUGAAUUUUACAGACCUUAUUCCGUUUACCAAGUACAAUUUCACUAUCACUCGGCGGCCAUUAAGAAAAACGGGGGCAAACUCGUAUGUACAGAAUGGACAUUGGAGCCGUCCAACAUCAGCAACAAUCAGAACCCUGCCGGAUGAGCCAGUAUCUCCUCCAAUCAUUAUCGAGGGAAGUUUCAGUCGUGUGGGGGAACACCAAGUUGUCCUCUAUUGGAAGCCAAUAAAACCAAUGGACAGGCGUGGAAUUAUAUCCAACUACACAGUUGACUUUGCCUCAUUAAAUGAUAACACGAAGAGUAGUAUCGUCAGUCAGUAUGAGAACAUAAGUCUACCUUUGGAUAGCAACAAAUGGUACAACAUCUCCAUUUUCGCAGUGACUCUUGAGGGAUUCAAAAGUCCAUCCAACUCCGAAAUAGUUCCUUCAAAAAUUGAUGGACCACAGAUAUCUAGCGUUGUGAUAGAGUUAAACAGGGACAGGACCGAGGCCCUGGUACACUGGGAACCAAACUCAGAGUGUCUGUACUAUGUUGUCUUCUGGAAAACAGACACCAAGUUGGACUGGAAAACUAGCAUUCGGAGUAAUACAACCUUACCUCUGCAGAACUUAUCAAACUUGAAAGUGGGUGUCUCCUGUUCAGCAAAUCUAUCCCAUAGCUCUCCAGCAAAUCUAUCCCAUAGCUCUCCAGCAAAUCUAUCCCAUAGCUCUCUAGAAGAGUCCAUGGUUGUUGGAGGGGGAAUGUGGUGGUCCAAUUGUAAAUAUCCAGAGGAAACAGAGCCGGCCCUGGCUAGUUCGUUGACUCUGACUCCUGACCAGGCGGCUCUGGAUGUGACAUGGACCCUAUUAUGUGACGGACUCUCCUCCUACCCUCAGUGGUUCAAUCUUACAUGGUGUGACCUUCACCCUUCAAAGGAAGUGUGUCAAGAUGAAGAUUAUGUUUUGCUGGAUCCGAGAGAAAAGUAUUACAGACUUGAGGACUUGAAUCACAGCAGAACAUAUCGAGUGAGGAUUAAUUCUGUGUCCAAAGAUAAUCAUGUUAGAACUAACAUGGAAUACAAGGACAAAAAACCAGGGAUUUAUGAAUAUCUUGAAGAUAAAGCAACUUAUCUGAUCUUACCUUUGACCAUUAUAUCGAGUAUAAUCAUUGUUGUGGUUAUACCCUUAAUAUAUAUUGUCAGGAAGUGUAAAUCUGAAAAAGAUGCCAUGGCAGUAGAGGUUCCUUUUGUCCAAAACAAGGAUGCUAAAGAAGAUGUCAGCUACAACACUAGAAACAAGCAAUUCUUGGAAUUAACAGAUAAAAUGGAUUAUCAGGUUGUGGAUGGCAGCCAGUACAGUGAUUUGGAGAAAGAUUCAUCAGAAACUAGAAUGAAUGAUAUUGAACUUGGUCUCAAAGACCAAGAACCAGAAGUUGAACCAGAGGUUCCAUUCAUUUUGGACGAAAUGAUGAUGGUGGAUAAAGUCAAGAAAUCCAAAAAGACUCCUCAGUCAUCAGAUUACUCAAAGUUCAUCGUUGCAUCAGGUCACACCAACAAUAGUGAUGUCUUUCACCAGUCUCAAUCCCAGUCUGGUAACCAUGUUCAUGAAUCGCAGUCUCCAUUGUCAAGUGAUGAUGUAUCACCAAGUGUACUAACCAAUCAGAACUUAUCAACUGAUCUCAGCCAAUCAGAUCCGCUUUCUAAUCAGACUUGGAGUGGAAUGCAGAACAAGAAAGUUACUUCUUCUUCCUCUUCCUCCUCCUCCUCCUCUGAUGAUGAUGAUAAUGAGGAUGAUGCCUACCAAGAUAUAGGUCAUUUUGAUGACUCCUCCUCUUCAACAGAUACCUCAGCUUAUCCGCCUUUGCAAUCCGUUCCAUAUUCAAGGUCUGGUUACACAGAACAGGAUAUAGACUCUUACAGUAAAGCCAGAGUGAAUGAAGACAUUAGUGCAGGAACAGAUGAUGAAUUGUUGAUAUCAUCACAAGAUCCUGAAUCAAGUGGAUGUGGUAAAGACUCCACAGAAUUUGAUCUCAAAUCUCCUCAAUCCAUAAUACACAGUGCAAAAACACAACAGGUGCUCAGUGAAGCUGCAUUAACUUCAUUCCCUGCAAGUAAUACACCAGUCCUUCAAAGCUGUGCCAAUUCCCCCUCUCCUCCUCCUCUAGGGGACCUGGCAGAUUCCUCCAGUCCCACUGAGGACUCUGUGGGUCAGCCCUCCUCUACGUCGGGGGCCUCGGUAACCAGCUCUACCUCUGAUUACAACGAGGGUGGAUACAAAGCUGUGGAUUUAGACAGUGGGUGGACCUCAUCUAUCCAGUCCUCCGCCUACCAUUGAAAGGCACAUUUACUGAUGUAAAACCUACCUAACUUUUAGGUUUUAGGUGAUCAUUUGUUUUCUCUGUUAUUAUAUACAUUAAGUGUGCAUGUGCCAAAUCCAUGGAAUGUAUGUUCAUGAGUAUUUUCCUUAUAUACUUGUAUCUUAAUAAGAAAAAUAGGGGUUUUUUUUUUUUGUUUAUUUCAUUCCAAUUAGCAAUUGUUGAUAAUUACAGAAAAUACCAAGCUGUUAACUUUUUUAAAGUUACUAUGGUUACUUUUAAUGAUUUGCAUCCAUUGACAAAUCUGUGAAUCAGUUAUGCAUUAUCAAUCAGCUAUUCUAUUCAUAUAUAUAAAUAUGAACAUGAUAAGGCAGCAUCGAGUGUCUCAUUUUUGACAUGAUCUACAUGUACUAAUAAGGUGUAUACCUUUAAUAUACAUGUAAACAGGACAGUAUGGAAAACAUCUUAUACAUGUACUUAAAAAUAUCAAUAUAAAUGAAAGUAUAAGAAAGUAUAAAUUGUAUAUAAUUUAUUUAACAAUGUAUUCAUCAUUUUAAAAAUAUACAGUUUUUACCAUAAAAUGCAUUAUUAUUUUUUUCAUAAAGAAAAUCAAGACUUUUUAUAUUCCCAAUGGUUCAGACUUCUAAUUUGACUUACAGAUAAAAAAAAAGUUGGCUUUUACUGAUUGCAAUCGCUUUACUUUAUUAAGAAUUCUGGAAGAGAAAUACAGAGUUAUAUUUAAUCUAAUUAUAUUUAAUUUUAUUUUUAUUGGGGGUUUUUCUAAUACAUCCCAAAAUUGAAGUAUCCUUUAACUCCUGAAGGGGUAUUUACAACAUCUUGUACGCAUGUGGACCAAAAUGUAAACAUUUCAUAAACUGACUUGUUAUACAAGAUACAAAAAGCAAGUUAGUUAUUGUUGAAUUUAGUUUUCCUCUGUGCAAGGUAUGCUUAGAAUUAACUGAGGAAAGAACAUAUCAAGGCAUCUUGCCUGCUGUUCAAUCCUCUUCAAUGUAUAUUUGUAUGCUUAAAUAAUAAAUAGAAUACUUCUUAUAUUAACUUUAAGAUAAAUAUUGUCAUAAUUAAAAGCAAAAUUUUUUAUUAUAAGUGCACCUUAACUAAUGAAUGCUUUAAGAUUUUGAACAAAAGAGUUUGAAAUAUGAAGUUAAAGUAAAUGAAGUGAAGAUAUUGUAUAAGAAUCAUGGUGCUACUGAAUUUUUAAAGUUUAGAAAAUUGAACUUCACGAGGCAUUAAAAUAGAAAACUUGCAUGAUUUAAAUGUACUAUUGACAUCUCAAGAAAAUAUAACAUCAAAAUUAUACUUUCAUAUAAUUUUUUGCUUUUUGAUUAAUGUGAUUGUUGUUUCAUAUAUAUUUUGAUAUUGUAUAGCAACUAACUAUGCACAAAGCAUUUUAAAAGGAACCUUCUGAUAUAUUGUACCUUCUGAUGUUUAUGACAAACUACACAAUGCUUGUAUUUUGCUUUAGGUUUUUUCAGGGGUAUGCAAACCUGUUUCAAUUUCCCUUUGCUUCAAUUUUGUAUAUCAUUUUGGCAAAUUAACUGCUGGAGAUCUAGUCAUUAUUGCUUAUUGAUAACACAUGUGAGUCAAUAUUAUACUGUCAGGUAAAAUUUAAUACAGAAACAGGUGCAUCCUGUGUAGACAGGGGUGAUGUUGGAGACAGAUAUUUGUUUGAACAAAUGGCAGAAUAUGAUGACUGCAAAUUCUGUAACUAAAUGCAUAUUUAAGAUUUAGUAUGUUAACCUUUUAUUUACCUCUUUUUAUUACUGAAUUUUACAAGUGCAUUGUUGAUCAAAAAGUUUGUUUUGAUAUUUGCUUUUCUUAAAGUUUUUUUUGUAAGAAAUGUACAAUUUACAGUGUUUUGUACACAUACCUUGAACAAUUGUGCUUCACUGGAAUUCAAGUGAAAAAGAUCAAUUUUUUUAAUUAUAUGUGAAAUUCACAUAAAAAUCUUGUUCAGCACAACUGCCUGCAUUUGUCACGUUUGAUUCAUAACUUGACUCAAAAAAGUUUCUAGGCAUAGCUUUUGCAAAAAUUCCAUUUUUGAAAAUUUCAUUUUUACAUUUGGGUUUUUAUCAUAAAUACUAAAAUUAAUGAGAUUUUAUUUUUUUUUAAAUUGGUAUUGGGUUUUGAUUUUUGUUUUAAUUUGUUAUAGUUUUUUGCACUGGUAGAGAGUAAUAGUUGAAAGAAUAUCUAUUUUCUUCACAAAUGGAAGAAUUUUUCAAAACACUGAACGGCAGUCGUAUAUUUAUUUUGUAACUGGAUUAAGCUCUUCUUACUGACCUUAUAAGUAUUGAUUUAAGUCUUGUGGUGUCAUGUGUUUAAACCUUUGAGAAUAUCCUGUAGAUAAACAGUUAUUAAGUUUUGAAAAGCUGAAAUGACCUCUACUUUAAUGUUUUAAUGGAGUAUUUUGAACACAAGAAGUUCUUUUUGUAUUAGAAUUGUGUAAUUUUUGAACCCAAAAUGAAUUGUCAUGCAAGGACAAAAAUGUACUGUACGCAUUUAGGAACUCUACAAUUAAUCUUUUUGAUUGAUUGGUUUUUUUUUCUAAUAUUUUAGGUCACCUGGGUCAACCCAUGUGAUCUAUUGCCAUUCAUACUAUGCCAUCAUUUAGCAAUUUUACUUUUUUGUAAUAGUUUUUAUGAAAACUGUAAAAAUUGAUGUUUAAAUACUUUUGAAAAACUAUAUUCUUCUCUUGCUACUGGUUAUCCAGUAGGCAAACUGCGUGAAUAAACUUGAGCAUUGAGACUUCUAAUAAAGCUGAAA